AUGGGCAUUUCUCGUGAUUCGCGUCACAAGCGCCGCGAAACUGGUGGCAAGCGCAAACAGUUCCGCAAGAAAAGGAAAUUCGAGAUUGGCCGUCAGCCAGCAGCGACGAAACUAGGCGGAAAGCGCGUCCACACGGUCCGUGUGCGUGGUGGCCACCUCAAGUUCCGUGCUCUGCAUUUGGAGACGGGAAACUUCUCGUGGGGUACUGAAGUGUGUGCUCGCAAGACGCGUAUCCUCGAUGUGGUGUACAAUGCCUCGAACAAUGAGCUUGUGCGUACCAAGACGCUCGUGAAGGGCGCUGUUGUGCUGGUGGACGCGACGCCUUUCCGUCAGUGGUAUGAGGCUCACUACGGUGUCAAGAUUGGCAUCAAGAAGAAUGCGGAGAAGGUCGAGGAAGAGAAGGAGGUCAAGAAGUCGAGCCACGUGAUGCGGAAGCUAGCAAAGCGUCAACGUACGCGCGAGUUGGACUCGAAGAUUGAUGACCAAGUCGCGUCUGGCCGUUUGUUGGCUGUCAUUUCGUCUCGUCCGGGCCAGUCGGGUCGUGCUGACGGUUACAUUCUGGAAGGCAAGGAGCUCGAGUUCUACCAGCGUAAGCUCGCCACGAAGAAGUCGAAGAAGUAA